GAGACUGCAAAGCAGCUGUUCUAAGUGCGUUCGCGUGUAACGUGACGUGUAUUUUGAUCACGUCUGCACCGAUUGCGUCGCUGGGAUUGAACGCGCAUCGUUCAUUGCGAAGAGAUACAGAGGAAAAAAAAAACAAAAUGGACCAUUCUAAACGGCGGGGGUUUACCCCAAAACUCAAGGUGCCACUAAAGGAAGAAUCCACCUCGUACCGGGUGUACAUUGCGCUCGGUGUGUUUCUUGUGAUGUUGUUCCUGUCUUUUCCGACGCUUUGCGGCGCCCACGGACAGCAUGAUCAUGAUCAUCACCACGAUGAUCAUCAUCAUCAUGAAAGUCCCAGUUUUAAGUACUCCAAACAUGCAAAUGAGAUGUACGAAGAAGAACCAGUAGCUGAUCCACAUCAUCAUCAUCAUCAUCACCACGAUGAAGACCAUGGUCAUGACCAUCAUCAGCAUCAUCAUCAUCAUCAUGGCCACGACCAUCAUCAUCUUCCUCACCAGAGUAAACCGGCAAGUAAUGAUAAGGCACCGCGAGACACUUUUUACAUCUGGGUGCAUUCGAUCGGUUCGACACUGCUGAUUAGUGCGGCACCGUUUUUCAUUUUGUUCGCCAUCCCGCUAGAUAAUACGGAGGAAAUGCAACCCCGGCUGAAGACGUUGCUCGCCUUCGCUUCCGGUGGUUUGUUGGGCGAUGCGUUCCUGCACUUGAUUCCGCACGCCAUCCAGCCGCAUUCGCACGCGGAUGGUCACUCCCAUGGUCAUGGCCACAGUCAUGGCCACAGCCAUGAGCAUAAUGAAGGCGAACAGGAAAGCCACGGCCAUGAUAUGCGUGUUGGUUUAUGGGUGCUGGCCGGGAUCAUCGUGUUCCUAGCGGUGGAGAAAAGCGUACGGUUGAUUAAGAAAGACACCGGCCAUGGCCACGGACACGGACACAGCCAUGGAGGGCCGAAGCCUUCGGUUCCAGUACAGGCCAAAAAAAGCACUCCUCCACCUUCGCCAUCUACGGACAAAAAAGAAAAGAAGGAAAAGAAGAACCCCGAAGGAACGAAAUCAAGCAAGGAGGAAGCCAAGGCGAAGGGUAAGGCAGUCCGCAAAGAACCGAAAAAGGAACCGAACAUCAAGAUCGCCGGGUAUCUGAAUCUGGCGGCAGAUUUCACGCACAACUUCACCGAUGGAUUGGCGAUCGGUGCGUCCUAUCUCGCCGGUAAUAGCAUCGGGUUAAUCACGACCAUCACCAUUCUGCUGCACGAGGUGCCGCACGAGAUUGGUGACUUUGCGAUUCUUAUUAAAUCGGGCUGCUCAAAAAAGAAGGCCAUGCUGCUGCAACUAACGACGGCUGUUGGUGCGCUGGCUGGCACCGUGCUGGCUCUACUCGGCAGUGGGAGUGAUGCGGCCGAAUCCUGGGUGCUCCCGUUCACUGCCGGGGGCUUUAUUUACAUUGCGACCGUGUCGGUCAUACCGGAGCUGCUGGAGGAGUCCACGAAGUUGUGGCAGUCGCUGAAGGAAAUUGCGGCCCUGCUGGCCGGCGUUGGCAUGAUGGUAAUUAUUGCCAAGUUUGAAUAGAGGCGUACAUAGAAGGACGCGGCCGCCUUUCUUCCUGUUGUACCUUCGUCAUCUACUCUCCUGUUUGCGUACGUAUCUUAUUUCCUGUGCGUUGUAGGAAACACCCACAUUGAAAACGUUAAAUGUUAGUUUGCUGUAUUCGAUGUAGAACACUAUGUAAACGUUUCCGUCUGUAGCUUUUGCAUGAUCGCUCGCUGUCUUUAGGCCGCAUUUCCCAACAAGAAUGUGAUCUGGGUGUAGAAAAGUUGUAGCUUUACAUUUGACCGCUUUCGAUCGUUUGCGAACGCGGUGAGUUUGUAUUACUGCAGCGCUCCUGGAGCUUAAGAGGCAUCAUAUAUACGAUAGUUUUAAGCUAAGUAAUUAUGCAAUCAAGGCGUACUUUUGUUACGUUUGAUUUAUAAAACUGUGCAAAAGAAUGAGAGCAAUAAUUAUCCUAACUAUUACGCCGAUGAGGAAUAAACUGGCGAAAUUGAUAUGGCACUGAAAAAAGUAGUUUGUUCGAA